AAGGUCCCUCCUUGGGUUUGAGAGGGGGGAAAAAGAUGACGAUACAAACUCUAACUCUGUACGUUCAGGGAGUAUAUUUUGCGGCAAUCCGACUGCCGAAGUCUGCAUCUUCCGUCUCAUCUCUUCCCAGUUUCGACGCCAUGGCCAGCAACUUAGCUUCAUCAGAUAAGCCGAUAUCCGAAAGCUCGUCGAGAUGCCUGACGGAGUGCCUCAGCACGGCACACAAUUUCGAGAUCAUUAGGUUCUCGCUGCUAGAGGGUAUGGGUGCCGGCAAGUUCAUUAGCUCGAGCAAGUUCAGGGUCGGCGGCUAUGACUGGAAGAUCAGGAUCUACCCUGAUGGGUGGAAGGAGGAGGACAAAGCUGCCUACAUGUCCGUGUUCUUGUGUUUCUGCAGUAGGCCAGCACGUGAUGCGAAGGUCAAGUUCACUUUGAGUCUCCUGGCGAAAGAUGGAAAAGUUAGGAGUGUACAUAGCACAACACAUACCUUUCAAGAGACCGGUCAACAGAAAGAAGGUAAUUACUGGGGCUGGAGAGAGUUUAUUGAGAAGCCCAAGCUGCAAGAACUGUUGUCGGUCAAUGAUGACUGCUUCACGAUCAGGUGUGUUUUGACAGUCAUCAAAGAGCCUCACACGGAAGAUGUAAGCACGGUUGUAGUCCCUGUCCCAGAGUCGAACCUGCACGCACACUUUGCAAACAUGCUGAAGGAUGGGAAAGGUGUGGAUGUGAAGUUCAGUGUAGGCGGCCAGCUCUUCAGUGCUCAUAGAUGCGUGUUAGCCGCACGAUCGCCGGUCUUCAAGGCCAAGCUCUAUGGUCAGAUGAAGGAGACCACCAUGAAGUGCGUGAAGAUCGAUGACAUGGAACCUUCUGUCUUCAAGGCACUCCUUCACUUCAUCUACACAGAUUCCCUGCCAAGUAAAAAUCGUGAUGUUGAUGAGAAUACAGCAUUGCAGCACCAGUUGGUCGCCGCAGAUCGGUAUGGGCUGGACAGGCUAAAGGCUAUGUGUGAAGGUAAGCUGUGCCAGAGCAUUGACGUCCAAACAGUCGCAAUCACCCUAGCCCUGGCGGAGCAGCACAACUCCGUGCAGCUAAAAAAUGCUUGCCUUGGAUACCUGUGUUUGCAGGAUGUGCUUCGAGUUGUCAAGGAGACUGAUGGAUUCAAGCAUCUCAUAACAAGCUGUCCAUGGAUUAUGAUGGACAUCUUAGAGAAGGUCGGCCCACCAUCAAGAGUAUGAGCAGUCUGGCUCAGAUCUCAGAGUUUAGUUGAAAGUGUGGAGUCUAGUCGUAUUCUAUUUUAUUCUUUUAUAAUGUGACUUGGUGUCUGGCCUAUCCGUUGAAAGACUGAACUUUUGUUUGAGAAUGCGUUGCUCUGACUUAUUGGCACUAACUAACUAAUCAAAUGAAAUUUAUA